AUGUACAACUCCUUGAUUGUUGUUCUCGGUUCCCUACCUGAUGACACAAAAGUCUACUGUGGACACGAGUAUACGGCAAGUAAUCUCAAAUUUGCCGCAUCAGUGGAACCUGAGAACGAGGCGCUCCAAGAAAAAAUCAAAUGGGCAUCACAGCAGAGACAAACUAUACCAAGCACGAUUGGUGAUGAACGAAAUUUCAAUCCAUUCAUGAGGGUUGGUGAAGAUAGUUUAAAAAAGGCUACCGGAAAAGAGGAUCCUAUAGAAGUGAUGGGGACUUUAAGAGAGAUGAAAAAUAAUUUUAAAUAA